AUGAGGUUUUAUCUGACAUUCACUUUGACUCUAAUAGCAAAUCUACUGUCGCUUUCUUAUGCCUACAUUACAGACAUCAAGGCUGUCUCUUGCGAUCUCAAUCACGCUUGUGCCAACUAUCCAGGAUACUACAAAAUACCUACUGAUUUGAAUCAAGGUGUCGACGGUGCUAGUUCCGUCUUUUUACACUACAAAGAAGAUGCCACUCAGGAGCCGAUCACUGAACUACAGAUAGUGCAAGGAACCAACCACUCUCAUAUACCCAACCUUGCCAAGUGGAACAAGAUCAAUGUCGACCUCAACUUGAGAUUAGAUGUUGCAGAAGCAGGAGACGACAAAUCCCUGUGGCUCUACUACACAAAGGACACAUCCAUAUCGAAUAACCCAGUAACAUCUAUCAUUGUGAAGCAAGGCACCAGCCCAUUCGUUUCAGCAGAAUACAGACGCAUUCCAGUGGAUUUGAAUCAAGAUGUCGGUGGAUUUCAUCUGUACAUGUAUUAUAGUCAAGACAAGGCCAAAAAUCCAAUCACUGCAAUUACUGCCAAACAAUGCUUCACCAGUAACUGCUUCUUGGAUGGUUGGGAAAGAGUGGAAAAGGACUUGAAUAAAGGUGUUGUUGUCGGUAUGAGCGUAUACUUGUUCUACAAGAGAGAGCCCAAGGAGGAUCCUGUGACAGAUGUGGUAGUCAUCCUCAAUGAACAAACAUCUCCUCAGGGGUACACCAAAGUGGAUGUCAAUCUCAACUCCAUUCUUCGUGGCGAUGCUAUCUAUCUAUGGUAUAGAACAACACCACCCAACCCAGAUGUAUUAAGAGAUGCGAUACAAGAAUUAGCAAUCGAGUUUGGCAAAUAUGCUGUGACACCUUAUGGAUGGUCCAAGAUCAAGGUGGAUUUGAACAGUGCAAAAGACGGUAAAGAAGGAUUUGGCGAGCCUACAUUUUUGUACUUUAGAAAAGGGUAUAAAGAGCUACCAAAAAUGAAGCCAUUGUCAUUCAACGAAAAUGGCGAAUUCAAGAUAUUGCAACUAGCUGAUCUCCACUUUACCAACGAAGAGGGAACCUGCCGAGAUAUACCAGUAGAUAUGGAUUGCAAGGGAGACGCUACUACUAUCGAGUAUGUGGAAAAGCUACUGGACCGAGAAAAGCCAGAUUUUGUCGUAUUCUCUGGAGAUAAUAUCAAUGGUGGUAGCGUGAGUGAUGCCAGGGCUGCUACAUUCAAAUUUGCUGAGCCUGUUGUGAGGCGAAAGAUACCGUGGGCUGUUGUAUUUGGCAAUCAUGAUGAUGAAAAUGAUCUCACCAGAGAAGAACUGCUACAAGUCAUGAGACGGAUGCCUUACUCGUUAACGGAGAGAGGUCCAGUGGAUCUUCCAGGCAUUGGCAACUACAUACUCAAGGUGUUUACAGACACCACAAAAGCAGCCACACAUGCUUUCACCAUGUAUUUUCUGGAUUCGCAUGCCUAUCCUGAAAGCGAUGAUCAAGACGGAUAUGAUUUUAUCAAGUCUGAGCAGCUGGAUUGGAUCAUACAGUCUGCUUCUACUUUUAACAAGCUCCCAAGCAAGCCCAAUGCAGCUGCCUUCUUCCAUAUUCCUAUUUGGGACUACCAUGAAGAGAGCAAUACCAAUAAACCAGUUGCGAAAUUGGGCGAUGCUCGAGAACAGGUAUCUAGUUCCAAAAAGAACAAAAUUUCUGCUCUGGAAGCGUUCAAAACAGCUGGCGAUAUCAAAGUGACAUCCUGUGGACAUAAUCAUGUCAAUGAUUACUGUCUGGAGAAGGAAGGCAUUCAAUUAUGUUAUGCUGGUGGUGCUGGUUUUGGCGCUUAUGGUGCUGAACAUCUAGGUUGGCCCAGAAGAGCCCGUGUGUUUAUGAUCAGUGAUUUUGGAAACACCAUACAAACUUGGAAGAGAACAUUCAAGGAUAAUUUGCCUAUGAUACAUUUCCAAACGAUUUAUUCUGCAUAA